GAAUGCACAUAAUCACCUUGCUUCUCAUGGCAUAAUUAGCCCUCAUAUUCGCCUUGCCAGACCAUGGUUGCACGCACGCGCGCGCAGGCCGUGUGUCCUUCUUUCACGCCUUUCAUCAUGUAACCCUGUCCCUAAUGCCUGAGCCGUAGUCUCACUGGCUGUCAAGUCGCAGAACCCCGCAAAUCGACGACUGCAUUCCCAAAAUGGGUCGCAAUUCCGUGAGUAGCGACAAACCCACUGGCACGGUGAACCCUAACUCUAACCCUAGCAGUAGCCGGGCAAUGGGCCGGCAUAAGCACAGUUACAGUAUGGACUGUUCAACCACUUCCAAUCUCACACUUCCCCCGUCCGUCCCUAAGCCGAAGUCGCAAAACAACAGCCCAUGCGACAAUAGCGGCCACCGCGGCAGCGGCGGCGGCGGCGGCGGAGGGAGCAGGCAAUCGCCUCUCUCCGGUUCGGUCGCAGGCGUGCUGACGUCGUCGUUACGGGGCGGCGGAGGAGGAGGCGGAGGAGGCGGAAAGAAAUCAUGGAUGCCGAAUCUUAGUCCGCGGUUCCUCUGUUCCGCGGGAAUGCCGCCGGAUCUCCGCGAAAACGGCUACUUCGGCCAUUUAAAUCUCGAUGGCGACGGAUGCGACCUGGACGACGACGACGACGACAUUCGCGGUGGCGAAUUAGGUAACCGGUCGCGUAGCGAAGUCCUCAGGCGCGGGCCCGUCGCAGAAGACGCCGUCGACCUCAGCUGCAGCGGAGGCUACGCGCGCGCGAAAACCGACAUCCCACGCCACGCGCGGGCCAGAGCCUCCGCCGCCGCCGCAGCAGCAGCAGCCGCACCUGCACCCUCCCGCGCGCCUGUGCCGCGGAACCGUUCCGUAGACGCAGCUGCUAUAGGCGCGGCUCAUGGCGGGCCUCAAGGCGGGGCUCACGGUGCGGCGCACGGGGAAGCAAGAGGCGGAGCCAGCGCGAGCGCAGCAACGCUCGGCGCGCUGCAGCAGGAGGAGGCGGAGGAGAGCGAGGGCCGGUACGGUAGGGCUAGCUCCAUGCCUACUAUGCACCGGCGACGCAAGUCCCUAGGAGGCGGUCUGGUUUCCCUCGGGUCGCCAGGUGUUUCUUGCCUGCAGCCUAGGUCGUCUGAGGUGGACGAGGAGAUGAGGAUCCGCUUUACAGAAGGACCCGCUAUAAGCUCUAGGUCGAGCUCUUGUAGAAUGGGGGAUGUAGUGGAUGAUUCUCUAAGCUCGUGUGGUAGUGAUCGGUUUGGUAGUGGUCAGGUCGGUAGUGGGCGGUUUGGCAGUGAUAGGGUUGGUAGUGGUAGGUUCGGUAGUGGACGGUUAUCUAUGAAUUUUUCUGCCGGACGCGAGACUUCAAGGGAUGGGGCCUCAGAGUCUAGGGUGCGCCGAAGCUACUCAGGAGCUUCGGACAAGUACACAGACAGGCUCGGGGACAGGCCUGGAGACAGGUCUGGAGAGGCAUAUCCUGACAGGCGGGUUGAGCGGGUGUCGGAAGAAGGUCGAGCCUCAAGCAGUAUCACGUACAAAGGACGAGGUUCGCAAUCAGGACCGUUGAUGCCUCGAGAUUACGAACAAAUAGACGGUCGCGAUCCAGCAGGGAGGGAACGCACAGAGGAAGCUUCCACGCUCACGCACGGUCUCCGAUCCGGAAGCUUCACGUCCAGGGCCCACGCGGCACAAGACCGGCACGACGAGCGAGGGAACAGUGAUGGUUCUCGUCCUGCUGAUGGCUCGCAGCGUAGACUGCCAGCAGCAGAGCGGCUCAAGGCGCGGAGCUACAUCGGGCGGAGCUUCUCUGGUGGAGGGAUGGAAUCCAUGGCUGCUGCUUCAGCGUCUAUCCGCGCUGCGCUGAGGGCGUCCGUUCUCAGGAGCUCCUCAGGCGCGGGGGAACAGAAAGGGGGGAGAUUAGAUGGGGAGGGGAAAGCAGGAGGAAGCGGAGCAGGGGUGGGUGGGAAGCGGCUGGGAGGGGGAGGGGGGUCGGGGCGAUGGUCGAUUGGUAGGAGCUUCUCAGGUAGCCGUGCAGGCAGUCGUGAUGGUUCUGCUGCUGCUGCGUUGACUGCAGAUACUGGCGCUUGCAUUGGUGCGGAUGGGGGGGACUGCGUUGGUGGUGAUGGAAGGGACGCUUCAAGGGAAGCUGCACAGGAAGCUGCGCGGGAAGCUGCAAGAGAAGCUGCAGCGUUGGAAGGUGAUGGAGAGAGGUCGUCUAGGUCGUCCCUACGGCCUUCCUUGAGACCCAGUAGCAUGGAGAGAAGGGAUGGUGGCAGGAGAGGUGGGGUGGAGGAGGAGGAGGAGGACGAGGAGGAGGACGAGGAGGAGGAGGAGGAGGAGGAGGGAGAGGAGGGUGUCAACAGUGAGGAGGAGAGUGAGGAAGAGGAGGAGGAAGAGGGGGGAGAGGGGGGAGAGGAGGACGAGGGAGAAGACGAGGAGGGCGAGGAAGUGGCUGUGGGAAGGGGGCUGUGGGAGGAUAUUGAAGAGGAUGAUAAUAACGAGGAUGGAACCAGAGGGGCUGAGAUGAGCUUAAGGGGGCACGGCUGGGCAGGAAGAGGACCCGGGGAUCAGGAAAUGCAACCCAGCAGGAGCAGCAGGUUAGCGCCACAGAGCAGAGAUGAGGGAGAUGAGGAAGAAGUGGAGGAAGAGGAGGAAGAGGAAGAAGAGGAGGGCGAGGAGGACGAGGAGGACGAGGAGGAAGAGGAGCAAGAGGAGGAGAAUGAGGGCAAUGAGGGCAUUGAGGACGAUGAGGACGAAAUGCAGGGGCCCGUCCCAGGCAAAGGAGGUGUGAGAGUGGAAGGUGCUGGUUGGCUUGAAGGGGGUUUUUACGGAACGUUUGAUUCAGCACCAGAGCCAAAACCAGGUGAGGGUGAAGGAGGCGGAGGGAUGGGCAGGAGGGUGCUGAUGGGAGCCCCCUCCCUCAACCCCGAUGCAAUCUUUGAGGAGCCUCAGCAAAGGAUGCUGAUAGGAGCCCCCUCCCUCAACCCUGGUGCAACGUUUGAGGCGCCUCAAGAAAGGAUGCUGGUAGGAGCCCCCUCCCUCAACCCUGACGCAGCAUCUCAGGCGUUCUGGGUGAGCCUGAAAGACGGCAGGGGAGCGGACGUGUGGGAAGGCGGGGAGGGAGCAAUAGAAGAGGAGGAGGAGGAGGAGGAGGAGGUGGAGGAGGAGGAGGAGGAGGAGGAAGGGGAAGGGGAAGGGAAUGAGGGAGAUGGAGCGAGUGGGGUGUUUGACCUGGCUCAAGGGUUGCUGCGGGAGGAGGGGGGAGCCGGGGAAGAGGGAGAGGGGUUUGGGUUUGAUGUGGGGGAGAGGGUAACCAUUGGGGAAGGACGAGACGAGGGAGGGGGGGAGGGGAACUGGGAAGGAGGAUCAGGGGUUGCGAGUGGCGAUAGGAAGAGGCAGAAUCAAGAGGAGGGUGCGAGUCCCUGGCAAUCAGUGGCAGAUGCAGAGAGCGAGAUGAACGGUGUCUUCCGCACUGAGAUGCUUUUCAGAGGCAGCCAAAGCCUUGGAGGCCCGGUAACCCAGGUGGAGCUGAGAGAUGACUCAUGGGACGGGGCAUUGGGGCUUGAGACCAGUUAUACCUCCCAGGAGACUCCCCUCUUUCAGCAGCCGGGUAGGUUAAUGUACUCGUCUUCUGUCAGAGAGCAGCGCAGCAGCAACAGCCUCAGCAGCAGCAGCAUCAGCGUCAGCAGCCCCUUUGGUUCACGCCGCGAACGAAUGCCUAUUGCAGAGCGGGACAUCGGCUCGUUUGCUGACGUGGACAGCGACGCCAUGGCACGGCUGGCGCGCGACGCAGCGUCCCUGCUGGCUCUAGACCCGAGUACUGAGGAGGAGCAGAGCAGAGAUAGAGAGUCCAUCCCCCCAGCUUCCUCCUCCAGGCCCAGCAGCCCUUCGAACCGGUUCUUAGAUAAGAGCCGGAGUGCGCGGAUUGACCGGCCGAGUAGCCCGUUAAGGUUUGAUCGGCCGGGGAGUCCGCUGAGGGGGGUGUGGAAUGCGCUAAGGAGCCACGGGGAGGGGGAUAAGGGCGGGUGGGAGAGAAUCGAUGUGGAUGCUGUAGUGCUGGCUAGUGCUGCUGUGAGUAGUCCAGUGGUGGGUAGUGUGGCAGCUGCGGCUAGUGGUGUGGCUGCGAGAGCGGGUGAUCAGUUCUUGCUGAUGAGGGCUAGGACGGACAGUAGACGGAUGGAGGAUCGGGAUGGGGAUGGAGGGGGCAUGGGAGGGUUGUGGGGAGGUAGAGAGAUGGGGGUGGGGGCAGAAGUGACGUCUGCCUGGGAGGAGAGGCUGGCCAAGUUGGAGCAGGUGGCAAAGACCGGAGGGGGAGGAGGAGAGGUAGGAUGGGGAGCAAGAGAAGGAGGAGGAGGAGGAGGAGGCGGAGGAGGAGGGGAAACAGUGGAAGCAGAGAGUGCAGGGGACCUUCCAGUGAGGGCAAGUACAACCGGUAGCAGCUUGCUGGGGGGAGGAGCAGCAGGAGGAGCAGCAGGAGGAGCAGCAGCAGGGGCAGCAGCAGCAGGGGCAGCAGCAGCCGGGGCAGCAGAGGAGAGAGAAGCAGCGCUGGAGAACGCAUGGAUGAUGGCGGAGGGGGGGGACGAGGAGGACACACCAGACUACGACGACUUUCACCGCACUCGAACCUUCACCUCAGCCAUUAUUGCUGGGCUCACCAAGCGAGUCACUGGGCCCAUGGCAGGCUUGGCCAAACGGGAGGAUACAGGCAGUAGUAGCAAGACGGUAGUGCCGAGAACUGCUAGUGAUACGCACAAGGAUGGGGGGAAGGAGGGUCCGGGAAAGGGCGAGGGGAAGCAGGGGAAGUGGUGGGCUUUCAAGGAGAAGGGGGAGGAGAGUGGCAGGGGUGCAGGGGGCGCAGGAUGGGGCAUUUUGACUUCUAAGCAAAAAGCAGGAGAGCCGGGUGGAGUGGCAAAGGUUCAGGCGCAUGGGUAUGGGCAGGAGCAGGAGCAGCAGGGAGCGAUGAAUGCUGCUAAUUUGGGAGUGGCGAAUGCUUCUGCUCAUGUAGCAUCGCACCAUGCACGGCAGAAGUCUCAGGUCUCGUUCGGAUCUGGCGGAGACUCUGCUCUGCUUUCCGGCUUGCCUUCGUUUCUGCGCUCAGUCACCUUCACCUCGGCUGAAGCCCAGGCUCAUAAGCAGCAGCAGCAGCAGCAGCAGCAGCAGCUCUCAACGCACGAGCAUGAGGGAGAGGCACUCAUAGGAUUGAAGGGACAACAGGAACACAUACAGCAAGGGCUACUGGAUCAGCAGGCAGGACCCGACGACCAGCACGUUGACCCCUCACAUCAACACAACCAGCAGCAGCAGCAGCAGCAGCAGAGAGCAGGGUCUGCUGUCAGGUGCAAUUCCCUGGAAGGGGACUUGAGCAGGCACAGCGACGAGUUUCAGAGCAGUGAUCUGCGCAGCAGGAGCAGUGGCAGCGCAGUGGAGCGCCUGAGAGGGGAGGAGGGCGUCUCCAAUCACAGCAGGAGCCUGUCCAGGAUGCGCCCUGGCAGCAGUGGGUCCUUUUCCGGCCACAUGGGCGCUGGUGCUGCUCCUGCUACUACUCCCACUGCCGCUGGUGCUGCUGAUUCCCCUGAUGCCGCUACCAGCCCUGCUGCUGUCACUCCCCGCGUUGCCUACUUCUCCUUUGACAAGUACCGGGAGUCUGUAGCUGGGGGAGGUGCACCCGGGGGAGGUUCUACUGAGGAGCACGACGGGGAGGGACAUCAUCUGCUGUCUCACUCGUUUGGUGGGAGGAGUAGAGGCAGGAGCAGCCUGAGCAGAUAUGGCAGCAGUGGCAGUGGGAGUGGGAGUCUCACUCCCCCCCCUGGAGCAUUGGGAAAAAGUGGCAGCGGCAGCCUAACCCCUCCCCCUCGUUCACUGGGUAAGAGUGGGAGUGGGAGCCUGACUCCCCCUGGCAAUGUGUUUACUGGCAGUGGGAGUCUCACCCCUCCAGGUAACAUGUUUGGUAGGGGCAGCAGGGGGGACCUCACCCCACCAGCAGGGAACGCGUUUAGUAGGAGGCAUGCAGGGGAUUUGACUCCCCCUGGGAGAAGCAAUUACAGCUACAGCCAUAACCACAACCACGGGUAUAAUAACGGCUACAGCCACAAACACAGCAACAGCCACAGCAGCCACAGUUACAGCCACAGCCACGCCAACAACCAAAGCCAUUUUCGCACCCAGAGCCACAGUCACAACCACAACCACAACCAGGACCAGGAACAGGAGCCUCACUGUCAAGAGAUUCAAGACUAUAGCCCGGGCUCCAGCCAAUCCCACUUGCAGCGUGGGUUUCCGCACGUGCGCAGAGGUGUGGAGAGAGUAGCUUCUGACUGUGCAGCAGACAUUGGAGCAAGAGAAAGAGCAGCAAGAGAGAGAGGAGGAGGGGGGUGGGAGGAGGCGCAAGGAGGGGAGGAUAUUCGGGGGCGAACAGGGUCGGGGCGUUUGAGCAGAGAGGGGGGGGGUCUGAGUGCGAGUCUGGGAAGGCGGGCAGGGGAAGGGCGAGGGGGCUCGUUUGGGGAGUGGAGUGAGGCAGGGAGUGGGAGGGAGGCGAGUGGGAGGGACGCGAGUGGGAGGAGCAGCAAGCAGGGGGACAAUGUUCAGGCGCAUACAUUGACGCAUACUCGUGUUUCUCGGGUGGGGAAGGGCGGUCAGGGAGACAAGGGGGCGGUUAGAGGGGUGGAGGAGGAUGAAGAGGAGGAAGGGGAGGGUUAUGGCUCAGGCAGAGUGGAUGCAGGGCGAGGUGUGGAAGCAGGAGCGAGUGGGGCACGACCCAAGUAUGACAGGAAGCUCAGGAGUCGCACCUUUGGUGACCCAGAAGAGCUUUCAGACCUCUACCCUCCCCCCAGCGCCUUCGAGCGAUCGCACUCCACACCCGAGCGCCGGCGGCCCCCCGACCGCCCCUCAACCUCCUCUGCUGCUGCAGGGUCUACUGCCGGGUCCGGUCGGCCUCCCACUCAUCAUGCUCCGUCCGGCUCUUUGUCGCACCAUUCGUCACUGAACAGUCACCUGAGCAAGCAGCGGCACAGGACAGGUGAUUCUGGUGGGCACGUUGGGGCGAGCAGACUGUCAGGGAAACAGCAGAAGAAGCAAGGCCAGCACGAGCAGCAGUAUGAGCUCCAUUAUCAGCAGCAGCAGCAGCAGCAGCAACAGUGGGAGAGGAAACAGCAGAAGGGGACGCAUAAGGAGGCACAGCUGCAUGUGGCGUGGAGAGAUGAGGAGGAGGAGGAUGGUGGGGAAGAAUGGGGCAGGCAGCACCUGCACCCUGUGAAAGGGGGCAGGGAGAGGCGUCAGACUGGAGGGAGGCCAGAGGAGGAGGAGGAGAUGGUUGGAUACAGGGAGGAUGACUGUGAAGGAAACGCAGAGGAGGAGAUAGAGGAGGAGGACGAGGAGAUUGUUCGAUAUAGGGAUGGUGGUGUUAAUGAGAAGGAAGAGGAGGUGGACGAGGAGGAGAGGGGGGAAGAUGGGGGGGGUGGGGAAAAGGUGGUGGAGAAUGGGCGGAGAAGGUGGUCCAGGGAGUGUGGCACAGGUCUGGGGAAGGGAGCCCGAACUAAGGCCGGUCGCAGCAGGCAUGACUGUGGAAGUGAGGGCGAGGAGGAGAAUGCGCGAGGGAGAAUUCCCAAGCAGCAAGAGCGCCCACGGGGAAUGGGGAGAGAAGACAGGGAGUGUGGGUGGGAUGGGCGCAAUGGAAGAGAUGGAGAGCGGCGCCGGCUGCAGGACAGUCAAGAGGGGAGUGAGGAGGAGGGGGGUGAGGGUAAUAAUCAGGACAGUGACAAAGGGAGCGUUCUUGAGAAUAGUGAGGAGUGGAGUGGAGAAGAAAAGGAGAGUGAAGGGGUGGAGAGUGGUGACUCGUCCGAGGGUUCUCGUAGGAGCGAGCGUGUCAGGGAGAGAGGGAGGACUGAGAGACACCAUCACUCACUGAGGGAAACCAGUCACAGAGAAGAUAAACAUCAUCACAAUGAGAAUCACAAGAGGGGAGAUCGCUCAAGUGGGUAUAGGGAAUCGGAGGAGUGGGAUUCCAGUGGUCCGGAAAAUGAGAGGGAGCGGGAUGUUGAGGGCUAUGAUCGAAGUAGCAGAGUAGAGAGCCGGGACAGCAAGUAUGGGUACGGCAGCACUGGGGAUUUUCGGCGUGGGGCGGCUGAUACAGGACGGCACAUACACAGAAGAGACGAGGAGGAAAGGGACGAGCAGUACAGAAGUAGAGGUGGUGAUAGGAAGGAGCAGUCACGGGGGAAAAGGGGUCAGGAGAGUGCACGGAAGUAUGGGGAGAGGAGCAAUGGAGAAAAUAGGGAGGUGUACAGCGGGAACGAGGUGGACAGAGUGUAUAGAAGGGAGGAGGAAGAAGAAGACUAUGACGGAGUGUGUAGACGAGAUGACGAAGAUGAGGACGAUGGAGAAGGCGAGGAGGCAUACAGGGAGGGUUCCUCCAGCAGGGUAAGCCACUCUCACCGAGAGAGAAAAGGGGGCGCAGCAAAUGGUGGUGGGCGGCACUCCCGCACCUCAAGCUGGCUGGACCAGAAGAGCCGGUCUCAGCGGCCUGGGCGGCAGCAGCAGUAGGGGGGUUUCGGGAUGGGUGGGGGGCAGUUCACUCUGCUAGAGAAAGAGCAGGCUGGCUCAUCACUGCAAGCUGGUUGGACCAGAAGGGCCGGUCCCACCAGGGGGGCGGAAGCAGCAGUAGCAGGAGCAGCUGCAGCCCGUUCCUUUCAGAGACUUGGGGAGUCCAGCAGGCUGGUUCGUCAGGCUCGUCCUUGUCCUCGUCUUUCCUUGGCCUCUCUGCCCGUCCUCUCCCUGUCUGCCCGUGACUAGGCAGGAGGAGUCUUGCAGAAGCUUCUUGAGGGGUACAGUGAAGCUUCUGUCGCUGUGCCUGUGGUGCAAGCUGCACAGCACAUGUUGAAGGCUGUGCGUGCACAUAUAGAGAAAUCAAAUGUCAAGGCUGGCGAAUUGGUGUUGAUGGUUGUGACAGACAACCCCACUGUUCCUUCUUGCCUGCAGCCUGCCAUCAGGGAGUAUUUGAAUUAACACCUGCAUUGGCAAAGCCGUAGUUGAUCAAUGAUAACCUCAACCUUGGGGGGAUGCCAACCCUGGUGGUGUGAUUCCUGGACGUACAUGUCAGUACUCCCUGGCCUGCAUUCCACAUCCCUCUGGCAAGUGUUGUCAGCUUAGCUAAACUGCUUACUGCUACC